AUGGCCGCCUCAGCCGCCUCAGCCGCCGCCGCUCUGUUCCUGGAUUCCGAGUCCCGGUGUCGGGCCGCGGGGAGCGGCGGCGGCACGCGCGGCCCGGCGCCGGUCACCAUGGACAGCUUCGUCUUCGGCUGCGAGCUCAACGGCGACACGAGGUCCUUCACCUUCAAGGUGGAAGAGGAGGACGACGCGGAGCACGUCCUGGCGCUCACCAUGCUGUGCCUUGUGGAAGGUGCCACGGACGAGUGUAACGUGGUGGAGGUGGUGGCUCGCAACCACAACAACAAGGAGAUUGCAGUGCCCGUGGCCAACUUGAAGCUAUCAUGCCAGCCCAUGCUCAGUUUGGACGACUUCCAGCUCCAGCCGCCUGUGACUUUCCGCCUGAAGUCUGGCUCCGGCCCUGUCCACGUCACCGGGCGGCACCAGAUUGUGUCUGUUCAGAGCAGUGACGCAUCAGAUGAGGAGGAGGAGGAGGAAGAAAGCGAGGAAGAGGAGGACCUGUUGCCCAUCAUGCCAGCCAAGAAGCAGCGUGGGCGGCAGUAAUGAGUGGCCUGAGAAGGAUUGGCGUCUCUGCACCUAAAGCGUUUCUCCUCUCCCACCCCAUCCUGCUGUGAAGGUCUACGGGGUUGGGACAUGGUUCCUUGAGGACCUUUUUCGACAGGUUUUUCAGUGUUUAUUAUAAUUGGUUUCACUCAAUUGGAUUGGAGGGCGCAGUGACCCUCUGGGACUUGGGGAUCUUGGUGGCCAGGAGGGGCUGGUGCUGGAAUGAAGAGGAACUGGGGGGCUGGGACCGCCCUCCCCACCCAACUGCCAGAAGAGGCUGCAGAGGCCAAGGCGGUGGGAGAAAGGAAUCACCACCCUGGCCGACCUCAUUCAACUUCUGCCUUGCUCCUAAGCCCGGCUCUGCCCACCUCUGUUGGGGCUCCUUCCCAACUCUUAGGAGAAUUUGGGGAAUAGUAGCUCGGCUGUGGUGGAGAGGUGGCUGAGGAGGCCGACGGUUGCCCCCAUGUCUGAGUGGGGAUUGUUUCAAAGCCCCAAAUACAGUAUUUCUAACACUUUUUACACAAAGAUUUGAAAAUAAACUAUUUCAAUUGUA